GUCCUCCCCGACCGGUACAGUAGGGAUUGGAGUUCUGGUCUAGGCGGUGAUGGCGACGACUGAGCGCCGAGCAUUUGCACAGAAGAUAAACAGAACUGUAGCUUCAGAAGUUCGGAAACAGGUUUCCAGGGAAUAUGGAGGUUCUCCGCAGCUCUCCAAGAAGAGGGGAAAUGGGCAGCAGACUGUCCCCCUUUCAGAUGUUGUGGAACCUUUGGAUUUUGAAAAAUACCUUUGUAGUCACCCCCCUGAUGCUGAAAGUGAGGCGUUGAGAGAUAUUUGUGACUUUCCUCCUGACGACAUUGAGAUCCUUUAUGAGCCAAGGGAAUGUCGUACCUUAGAGCCAGCAGCACCUGAAGAGGGAAAGCUGGAUUCUCGGGUUCGAGAUGCUUUAAAAGUUUAUACACACGACUGGGUGAUUGUGCAGCGCAGGUCUCAGGACUUGAGCACUGCAUACUCGCCUAUUACCGCAGAACGUCAGCGACAACGUCAGAGGGGUUUGAUCCGUCAGUUAUAUGAACUGGAUGAGGCUGGAGAAGAAAAGGGUUCACAGGAAGAACACGAGGAGAGAAAGCGUGCAUCUUCAUCUUUAGAUGUGACACCCCGGGGGAGCUGGGCCUCCAGUAUCUUUGACCUAAAAAACUCUUCCCCAGACCCCUUGCUCCCUGGUCUGCUUGAACGAGCCGCCCCUGAGGAGACAGACCGGACCAACCAAGAGCAACGCAAGGAAAACCGCCAUCCCCAAAUCCUGGCCCUCUACCCAGCACCAGAUGAGGAUGAAGCUAUAGAACGCUCCUCCAUUCCUGAGGUUCCAAAGGAACAUUUUGGACAAAGGAUCUUGGUUAAAUGCAUAUCACUAAAGUUUGAAAUAGAGAUUGAACCCAUAUUUGGGGUUAUGGCCCUAUAUGAUGCCAAAGAAAAGAAAAAGAUAUCGGAAGGGUUCCACUUUGAUCUGAACUCAGAUUCUAUGAAGAACAUGUUGCGAUCACAAGGAGGACAUCCUGCCCCCUCCACACUGGCCCGCUCUGCUAUUUUCUCAAUAACAUACCCUUCCCCUGAUAUCUACCUCGUCAUCAAGCUUGAAAAAGUUCUACAGCAAGGGGAUAUAGGCGAGUGCUGUGAGCCGUACAUGGUGCUAAAAGAAAGUGACAACAUUAAGAACAAAGAAAAAGUGGAGAAGUUACGAACACAAGCUGAACAGUUCUGCUCACGGCUUGGUCGUUACCGCAUGCCAUUUGCCUGGACAGCCAUUCACCUGAUGAACAUUGUCAACAGUUCAGCAACAACUGAGAGGGACUCUGACUCGGAGAGUGAGCGCAAAGGAACAUGGAAUGAAAAGAAGAAGAAAGCUUUUGAACGAAUGAGUGUUGGAGAUGAAAUGUGUGGCUUUACCACCUUCCGUCCUGCUACUCUCACAGUCACUAACUUUUUCAAACAGGAAGGUGAUCGUCUGAGUGAUGAAGAUCUGUACAAGUUCCUUGCAGAUAUGAGGAGACCAUCUUCUGUUCUACGUCGACUGCGUCCUGUGUCAGCCAAGCUGAAGAUUGAUGUUUCCCCUGCUCCCGAGACCCUCCAGUUCUGUCUAUCUCCAGAGCUGCGUCAUAUCAAACCGUAUCCAGAUCCUCGUGUGCGUCCCACCAAGGAGGUGCUGGAGUUCCCCCCGCGCGAAGUUUAUUCACCGCACACAUCUUAUCGAAAUCUCCUGUUUGUAUACCCGCGAAGCCUGAACUUCAGCAGUCGCCAGGGAUCAAUGAGGAAUAUCACAGUGAAAGUUCAGUACAUGGCCGGGGAGGACCCUAAUCAAGUUUUGCCGGUCAUCUUCGGGAAGUCCAGCUGCAGUGAGUUCUCCACGGAUGGGUACACAUCAGUGGUUUAUCAUAACAAAUCUCCUGAGUUCUAUGAAGAAUUUAAAAUGAAAAUUCCAGGGAAUGUAACUGAAAAUCAUCACCUUCUCUUCACUUUCUACCAUGUGAGCUGUAGACAAAACCAGACCCCUGGAGUUGAGACCCCAGCGGGAUACACGUGGAUUCCCCUGAUGCAACAUGGCAGACUGAGGACAGGAACUUUCUCUCUUCCUGUGUCAGUGGAGAAACCUCCCCCCAGUUACUCUGUGCUAACCCCUGAUGUUCAGUUACCAGGUAUGAAGUGGGUGGAUAAUCACAAGCCCGUGUUUAGUGUGGAACUGGUCGCUGCAUCUUCAGUGCACACACAGGAUCCUCAUCUAGAUAAGUUCUUUACGCUGGUCCAGGUCCUUGAGGAGCAGAGUUUCCCUUUCCGUUUGAAAGAUGUUAUCAUUACAGAAAGCAACUUAGAGUCAGAGCUGCGGAGCAGUAUGGGAAACCUGCGACUGGCCGCUCUUGGGCCUGCUGUCUGCUUUUGUCAUCAACUACUGGACAAGCUAAUUCUACUCAUUGUCAGGCCACCCAUAAUUGGGGGACAGAUCGUAAACUUGGGUCGUGCAGCUUUUGAAGUGGUGGCUCUACUGGUGAGUCAAAUUCAUCGCACUCUGGAAGGGGCUCAGGACCAACAUGGGAGAAAUGGACUUCUUGCCUCCUAUUUACACUACGCUUUCCAUCUGCCUAGCGAUAUGCCUGAACAACUGCACAGUGUACAGGGUCCAUCAGCUUCUUCUACUGUCCAUUCAGCAACCUUGUCUCGGGCAACAGGACGCCCUAGCAGCCUCAACCUAGUCCGUUGCAAAAGCAUUAGUAACAGUAACCCUGACCUGACCAGCUGCCCUUCCACCCCCGAUGAUGAGGAGGUGCAGAGGAUCAUGGGAGCAAAGGGUAUUGAUCGCUCUCAUUCUUGGGUCAACUCUGCUUAUGGCCCCGGGGGUCCUAAAUCAGUUCAACGCCGGACACAGCCCAACUCCAGCGCUGAGAUCCGACAGGCUAACGAAAGGAGCCCAAACCGUGUAUCCUGCUUCGUGGAGGGCGGAACCAAUACUGCCCAACCUCGUCCCACUGCCAAAAAGCUGCUGCAUGAGGAGCUUGUCCUGCAGUGGGUUGUGAGUGGAAGUGCUGUGCGUGAGGCAGCGAUAAGCCAGGCCUGGUUCUUCUUCCAACUCAUGAGCAAGAGUAUGUCUCUGCACCUUCACAUGUCUGAAAGACUGGAUGCUCCUCGCAAGCAGAGAUUCCCUGAAAGAUUCGUAGAUGACAUCACUGCCCUUGUGUGUAUGGUCUGCACUGAGAUCAUUAACCGAUAUCAGAAGGAUGCAGAGUUAGCUGAGCGCCUGAACAAUAGUCUUGCAUUUUUCCUCAAUGAUCUGUUAUCCCUGAUGGAUCGAGGUUACGUCUUCAGUCUCAUCAGGUCUUACUAUAAGCAGAUUAAUAGCAAGCUGUCAAAAGCACAGAACGCCAAUGUUCUGAUCUCCUUGCGAAUGGAUCUAAUCCGCAUCGUGUGCUGUCAUGAACACUACGUCACUUUAAAUCUUCCUUGCGGCUGCCUCUCACCUCCCAACUCUCCAUCACCUUCCAUAUCCUCCACUACUUCACAGAGCUCUGUCUUCUCCAGUCCAGCUCAGGACAGAACAAUUACAAACAUGUUUGAGAUGUCUGUUCCAUUCAGACAGCAGCAUUUCCUGGCGGGUCUCAUCCUUGCUGAACUUGCACUGAUAUUGGAGCCGGAUGUGGAAGGAGUUUUUUUCCUUCAGAAAAAAGCAAUCAGUGCCUUGCACAACCUCCUGUGUAGUCAUGACGCUGACCCUAGAUACUUAGAACCCAUAGUUAAGGAGAGUAUUGCCCGUCUGUACUUGCCCCUGAUUGGCAUUGUCAUGGAAACACUGCCCCAGAUGUACGAUUUUACAGAGCUGAAUGCACAGAGGAUACGCCAUGCUUCUUCUAUGGCAGAUGAGGUGGAUGCUGAUGGAGCCACCAUCAGUCAGACAGUUGCUAUGGCGAUAGCUGGGUCUCCAAUGCCCACUUUGCAGAGAUCUAAUAACUUCCCUAUACCGUCUGCUCCUGUCCGUACUGGCAGUGUACUCUCUGCUGAAUCCAGUCGGAACCUACUAGUCUGUGCCCUGUGGGUGCUUAAGAACGCAGAGCAAGGGUAUCUACAGAGAUGGUUCUCAAGUCUCUCUGUGUUGCAGCUUACACGACUUCUCGAACUGCUGAGCCUGUGUGUGUCUUGUUUCCAGUACAAGGGCAUGAAGGCCUUUGAGCGUAUAAACAGUCUGACAUUUAAGAAGUCUCUUGAUAUGAAGGCUCGGCUGGAGGAAGCAAUACUGGGUACUAUUGGGGCCCGGCAGGACAUGGUGAAACGGAGCCGAGAACGCAGCCCGUUUGGAAACCAGGAGAAUGUGCGAUGGAGGAAAAAUGUAACACACUGGAGACCGUCUGGAGAUAAAACAGAGAAGACUCAAGCAGACCGGGAACUGGAAGUGACAGUAGACGGAAACAUGGCGACCGAGGCCAACCUGGUGGUGUUGGACACACUGGAGAUCAUUGUGCAGACGGUGAUGAUGUCAGAAAUGAAGGAGAGCAUCCUGGGAGGUGUGCUGAAGGUGCUACUUCACAGCAUGGGCUAUAACCAGAGCGCACUUUACCUUCAGCACUGCUUCGCUAGCCAGAGGGCACUAGUAUGCAAAUUCCCAGAGAUGCUGUUUGAGGAUGACACAGAGCUGUGCUCGGACCUUUGUCUUCGCCUUUUACGGCACUGCAGUAGCUGCAUUAGCAGCGUGCGCAGCCAGGCCAGCGCCUCUCUCUACCUGCUCAUGAGACAGAACUUUGAGAUUGGAAAUAAUUUUGCCCGUGUAAAGAUGCAAGUCACAAUGUCCCUGUCCUCAUUAGUUGGGACUUCACAGAAGUUUAAUGAAGAUCACUUGCGAAGAUCACUAAAAACAAUUCUGACCUAUGCAGAAGAAGACCUGGAGUUGAGGGACACAUUUCCAGAACAGGUUCAGGAUCUGGUUUACCUACAUAUGAUCUUGACGGACCACAGUGAAGAUGACCGGAGCACUCAAGAAGACCCUGAAAUGCUGAUGGAUUUAAUGUACAGGAUUGCUAAGGGAUACCAGAACUCCCAGACCCUGCGUCUUACAUGGCUACAAAACAUGGCUGCUAACACAAAGAACGAUUGAACCACCGCAGAGGCCGCACACUGCCUGGUACAUGAGGCUGCACUGGUGUCAGAAUAUCUUAGCAUGAUAGAGGAUUCCAGGCACCUGCCAGUAGGAUGUGUCAGCUUCCAGAACAUCUCAUCUAAUGUGCUGGAAGAGUCUGCAGUGUCCGAUGAUGUGGUGUCUCCAGAUGAAGAGGGGAUCUGUACCGGGAAAUACUUUACAGAGGCUGGACUGGUGGGGCUGCUUGAGCAAGCUAAUGCAAGUCUUACUUUGGGUGGUCUCUUUGAGGCAGUGAAUGAAGUCUAUAAGAUUCUUAUACCCAUAUAUGAGGCUAGUCGGGAUUACAAGAAGCUGGCAUCGGUUCACGGAAAGCUGCAAGAUGCAUUUAACAAGAUCACCAACCAGAUCACAAGCUGGGAGCGCAUGUUUGGGACAUAUUUCCGUGUGGGUUUUUAUGGCUCAAAAUUUGGGGACUUGGAUGAGCAGGAAUUUGUGUAUAAAGAGCCAUCUAUAACCAAAUUGGCAGAAAUAUCCCACCGACUGGAGGAAUUUUACUGUGAACGAUUUGGAGAAGAUGUUGUUCAAGUCAUAAAGGAUUCAAAUCCUGUAGAUAAAACAAAACUAGACCCAAACAAGGCUUAUAUACAAAUAACAUAUGUGGAGCCAUUUUUUGACACGUAUGAGUUCAAAGAUCGCGUUACCUAUUUUGACAAGAACUAUAACUUGCGCACAUUCCUAUUCUGCACACCUUUCACACUGGAUGGACGUGCACAUGGUGAUCUUCAUGAGCAGUACAAGCGAAAGACUGUACUCACCACUUCUCAUGCCUUCCCAUAUAUCAAGACCCGUAUCAAUGUGCUGCACCGGGAAGAGGUGGUACUGAUUCCUGUGGAAGUUGCCAUUGAAGAUAUGCAGAAGAAGACUCAAGAACUGGCAUUUGCCACCCACCAGAACCCAGCUGAUCCAAAAAUGUUGCAGAUGGUGUUGCAGGGUUGCGUGGGUACUACUGUCAACCAGGGCCCUCUGGAGGUGGCACAGGUUUUUCUGUCAGAGAUUCCGGAGGAUCCUCGCCUGUACCGGCUGCACAAUAAGCUGCGUCUGUGCUUCAGGGACUUUACAAAGAGAUGUGAGGAUGCACUGCGCAAGAACAAAACUUUAAUUGGUCCAGAUCAGCGAGAAUACCACAGGGAACUGGAGAGGAAUUACCAACGUCUGAGAGAAGCGCUCAGCCCUUUAACAUCACGCAAGAUCCCACAACUGUACAGUGACCUUCUGCCGCACACCAGCGCCAGGGAUUCGCUGAACCGCUCCAGCCUGCGCAGGAUUGAAGCCUGAGUUAUCCCAAGUGCCUUAUGGAAUGCAUUUUAUAAAAUAACCCAGAAGAGGGCGCUGUCCCUCUCACUGCCAGAAUGGGCUAUACCAUCACUGUGUGAUGUUGCACUCCAAAGACCAAAGAUAUGCCAGUAGGCGUCAUGGAGGGAUCGUUACCUGCUGGAUUUUAUUCCAAAUAGUGACACGGGGCCGAGAUGGGUGUCACCUUCAUAUGUACAUUCCUAAUGUUGAAAUAAGUCUUUAGAGGAAAUGGAGACCUAUGGGUUGUAAAGUGUUUUAACUUAACAUUAUUUUUUUCUUGUUGAAAAUGUUGUUUUUUUAGGCUAAUUACCACAAACUUCUGAAAAGCCUUUGCUCAGAACAGUGUAGGAUUGGCCACUUAAGGAUGUGGUUUCUCUACAUGGGAUUUGAAUUUUAAAAUGAUUGUCCAUUGAAUGUGAUGGUCAUAGUUCAGUUUCUACUAGAUUCACUAAUGGUCUGACUAAACACACCAAUAAACCUAAUCAGACUGACUUGUGGGAGCAGCAAUAGGAAGGGACCUUAUUGCUAAUAAAUGAGACUGGCAGCAGGGAGAUGUGCACCCAGGCAACAUCAGUCACCUCCCUGCCAAUGUGUUGUCCCACUAUCAGUGUGCCCACUAUCCCAGGGCAAUUGUCACAUUGUCUAGCAGCCUUAUUACAUUUAUCAUCUCUUUCCAUGCUUGUCCUGUCCAUUGUGUCACUGUCCAUUGCUUGUCACGGUGUCUACCCUGCUGCCCCAUAGCAUGACUGCAAAUAAAACAUAGGUCAGUGUCACAUAGUAUUACCAUAUCUGCCCUUAUGUUACAUUGUGUCAUUAUUACCAUGUUACCCACUGACCUAUAGUGUCUGUCCUGCUGACAUGCAGCAUCACAUUGUUGCUGGAUUUCUCCUACUGUCAGAGUGUCACUUAUACCUUAUCUAUUGUGUUGUCACAAUGUUUGUAAUACUAAUACAGUGUCACAGUGUUACUGUCACUGUGUCUGUUCUGCUGUCACUGGCACCAUGUCUGUCCUGCUGUCACUGUGUCACUGGCAUGGCACCAUGUCUGUCCUGCUGUCAUUCUGUCACUGGCACCAUGUCUGUCCUGCUGUCACUGUGUCACAGGCACGGUACCAUGUCUGUCCUUCUGUCACUGGCACCAUGUCUGUCCUGCUGUCACUGUGUCAUUGGCACCAUGUCUGUCCUGCUGUCACUAUGUCUGUCCUGCUGUCACUGUGUCAUAAGCACCAUGUCUGUCCUGCUGCCACUUAUUGUCACUGUGGUACUCUGUCUGUUAAUGUUACUUCCUCUCAUGUAGUCUAUCACUGUUUGCUGCACUGUGACAUUGUGUUACAGUCACAGUGUGAACUAUGUUUUGUAAUAAAUUACUUCUACUAAUAAUGUGUUAGUUUAUUUAAAGAACUGUGUGCAGGAGAGGCACAUAUCUGCAGUACAGCCAUAUACAAGGUAUCCCUGCUAUGCCUAAAUAUAAGGAGAUAGAUUAAAGGGAUUUUAAAGUCAUGUUGUUUCAUCUAAAAGAGGUAUUUUAAAAUAUAUAACUUAAUUUCUAAAACCUGUCCCUGUACUGGGGGAUAAAACAGUUUUUAUCGUUCUACUUGUGAGAAGUGUAACUAUUAAGCAAUAGAUUCGUGGGGCUUCUAUGUAUCAGCUAUUGAGCAGUUGUGCUUUUCCUCAAAAUAAACAGCUUUAAUAUUAGAAAAUA